GGCGCUGCCGCCGGGAUGGGGACGCCGCUGGCGGCUCCCGGAUUGCUGCUGCUCCUGCUGGCCGGCACGGCGGGGCUCUGCCGGGCGCUCUUCUCCCUCCCGCUCCGCGUGUCCCACCCCGCCGCCCCCGCCGGCUCGCCGCCCGCCCCGGUGGUGCUGCGGCCGGCGAGCGGCAGCCGGCAGCAGGAUGCCCCCGGGGCUGCGGACGGCUUGGCCUUAGCCUCGGAUCCCGGCGGCACCCUCAACUUUUUAGCCAUGGUGGAGAACCUCCAGGGAGACUCCGGCCGCGGCUACUACCUGGAGAUGCUGAUCGGGACCCCGCCGCAGGCGUUAAAUAUUCUGGUUGACACUGGGAGCAGCAAUUUUGCUGUAGCAGGUGUGCCUGAUCCUGAUGUCACAUCCUACUUCAAUCCUGAGCUGUCAAGCACAUACAGAUCUCAAGGGAUUGAGGUGACAGUGAAGUACAGCCAAGGCAGCUGGACUGGAGUGCUGGGCACAGAUGUCAUCACCAUGCCCAAAGGACUCUAUGGCAGCUACACCAUCAACAUUGCCACCAUCCUGGAGUCAGAGAACUUCUUCCUGCCAGGGGUUAAGUGGCACGGGAUCCUGGGUCUUGCCUACGAUGCCUUAGCCAAGCCUUCCAGUUCAGUGGAGACAUUCUUUGAUUCCCUCGUGAAGCAGGCAAAGAUCCCCAACAUUUUCUCCCUGCAGAUGUGUGGUGCUGGACUCCCUGUUUCUGGAAGUGGUACCAACGGAGGUAGUCUUGUGCUGGGUGGAAUUGAGCCCAGCCUGUACACAGGGGAUAUCUGGUACACACCCAUCAAGGAGGAGUGGUACUACCAGGUGGAAAUCCUCAAACUGGAGGUGGGGGGACAGAACCUCCAGCUGGACUGCAGAGAGUACAAUGCUGAUAAAGCCAUAGUAGACAGUGGAACCACUCUGCUUCGACUGCCAGAGAAAGUCUUCAGUGCUGUGGUGCAGGCAAUAGCUCGCACAUCCCUGAUACAGGAAUUCUCUUCUGAAUUCUGGACUGGUACACAGCUUGCAUGCUGGGAUAGGAGUGAAAAACCCUGGUCCUUAUUUCCCAAACUCUCCAUUUACCUGAGGGAUGAAAACUCCAGUAGGUCGUUUCGGAUCUCUAUCCUACCACAGCUUUACAUUCAACCCAUCCUUGUGAUAGGAGAUAAUUUGCAGUGCUACAGAUUCGGCAUCUCCUCCUCCACAAACGCCCUGGUCAUUGGUGCUACAGUCAUGGAAGGAUUUUAUGUCAUCUUUGACAGAGCCCAGAGGAGAGUGGGCUUUGCAGUGAGUCCCUGUGCAGAAGCUGACGGCGCGCCCGUCUCUGAGAUCGAGGGCCCUUUCACCACAGCAGACGUGGCCAGCAACUGCGUCUCCAGCGUGUCCUUCCACGAGCCCGUGCUCUGGAUCGCCUCCUACGCCCUGAUGAGCCUGUGUGGGAUCAUCCUGCUGGUGCUGAUUGUGCUGCUGCUCAUCCCCCCCCGCUGCCAGCACCGCUACACGGACAACGACGUGGUCAACGACGAGUCCUCCCUGGUGCGCCACCGCUGGAAAUGAGAGGCUGGAGCCCAAAAACAGACUUAAAAACAGGACCAAGGACAAAGAGCUCUGCCAAGGGGAAGAAGCCAAUGCCUCCUCAGUCCCUCCUACGUUCCUAGAAAACGCUGUUGAAAAUCCUACCAAAUCCCCUGCAUCGUGACUUUUAUAGCUUUAUUUUCUAACACCGGUUCUGAACCAAAGCACUGUUAACCACCUCUGAAGUGCUACGGUACUGGAUUUGCUACUGCAGUACAAUGAGCCUUUAUGCUCUCUACAGUACCUUCUUUAAAAAAAAAAAAAGGAAAAAAGUUUAAAAAAAAAGAUAAAAAACCACACCAUGAUGUUCUUCCACUGUCUGAACAAAAUUGUCCAUCUCUCUUUCACAAAAAAAAAGGAGCUGUCAGUAUUUUCUAACUAAUCGAGCCCUGACUGUAGAAAAAGAGAAAAAAAAAUCUUUCUUAUUAAUUGCAUUAAAUGAAUACUGCUUUCUGUUUA